AGGGUAUUUGCAGGGGGGUAAUAUCGGAAGUGACGCUCGAGAGGAAUGCUGUGCUCUGGACUGUUGAUGUUUUCCUGUCAGUCCGGCUGACAGCGUUCAAGUUGGAAGCCUGGAGGGGAGGCGUUUUUCCUUUCGUAGGUGAAACAGGCCACGCUGUCCGUCCACAGUUACGACGCCUGCAAGUGAGAGCUUCGGGGAGAAAAGUAAAGAGCAAGACGGGACCGACAGCAAGAAAGGCUGGGAACGAGGGUGUCGACUUUGACUGAAAUUUGAGACGGAGGGCACCGGAGGGCAAGCACUCGCCUCUGAUUGGCCCGUGGGCGUCGUCGGGGACCCACGCAGCUGCUCAAUUGGUUGGUGUUAGCAAUUGUUGUGGCAGCGGCGACGAUUUUGCCCACGUACUUCGAGCGAGGGGCGGGGCUGUGCCCUGGCACGCGUGCGCAGCGCCCCGGGGCCCCACCCGGUAGUGCAAGAACCUGCGAGGGGGCGGAGUGAAGAGGUGCUUGUUUUGGUUCUGUCUCCUUUGAAGCAGAAGGCCAGAACGAGCGUAGCAAUAAACUUGCUGGACUUGGAGAGAAGGCUACGACAAAUUCGCCGCACUGCCUUCAUCUUGGACUUCACAUCCGGGUUCUCCCGGCGUGACCCGCGCGCCGUCGCCGCCACUGUCGCCGCCGCCACUGCCACCGCCGCCGCCGCCGCCGCCGCGGGUUCUCGGACCGGUGCCGCGAUCUCUUUAUCCGGGUCUCGCCGUUCCCGUCGUGCUUCGCGCACUACACUAGCCCCCUCAUCCGGGUUCUCUCCCGGCGUGCUCUGCGCCGGGUUUGCUGGGGGGCACUCGGCGGUGAAGCCAUGACUAUACUCCCCAAAAAGAAGCCGCCGCCUCCCGACGCCGACCCUGCCAACGAGCCGCCGCCGCCCGGGCCGCUGCCCCCGGCGCCGCGGCGCGGCGGGGGUGUGGGCGUGGGCGGCGGCGGCACGGGCGUGGGCGGCGGCGAUCGCGACCGUGACUCCGGCGUGGUGGGGGCCCGUCCUCGAGCUUCGCCACCGCCUCAAGGCCCGCUACCAGGACCACCGGGCGCUCUUCACCGCUGGGCACUGGCCGUGCCGCCUGGUGCAGUGGCGGGCCCUCGGCCACAACAGGCUUCUCCACCUCCUUGCGGGGGCCCAGGUGGGCCCGGCGGCGGGCCCGGUGACGCGCUGGGCGCAGCGGCGGCGGGUGUGGGUGCCGCGGGCGUGGUGGUGGGUGUGGGUGGUGCCGUAGGCGUGGGCGGCUGCUGCUCUGGGCCUGGCCACAGCAAGCGGCGACGUCAAGCUCCCGGGGUUGGCGCAGUUGGCGGGGGUAGUCCCGAGCGUGAGGAGGUCGGCGCAGGCUACAACAGUGAGGACGAGUAUGAGGCUGCUGCAGCACGCAUCGAGGCUAUGGAUCCUGCCACUGUCGAGCAGGAGCACUGGUUUGAAAAGGCCCUACGGGACAAGAAGGGCUUCAUCAUCAAGCAGAUGAAGGAGGAUGGCGCCUGUCUCUUCCGGGCUGUAGCUGACCAGGUGUAUGGAGACCAGGACAUGCAUGAGGUUGUGCGAAAGCAUUGCAUGGACUAUUUGAUGAAGAAUGCCGACUACUUCUCCAACUAUGUCACAGAGGACUUUACCACCUACAUUAACCGGAAGCGGAAAAACAAUUGCCAUGGCAACCACAUUGAGAUGCAGGCCAUGGCAGAGAUGUACAACCGUCCUGUGGAAGUGUACCAGUACAGCACAGGUACUUCUGCAGUGGACCCUAUCAACACAUUCCAUGGGAUACAUCAAAAUGAGGAUGAACCUAUCCGUGUCAGCUACCAUCGGAAUAUCCACUAUAAUUCGGUGGUGAAUCCUAACAAGGCCACCAUUGGUGUGGGGCUGGGCCUGCCAUCAUUCAAACCAGGGUUUGCAGAGCAGUCUCUGAUGAAGAAUGCCAUAAAAACAUCGGAGGAGUCGUGGAUUGAACAGCAGAUGCUAGAAGACAAGAAACGGGCCACAGACUGGGAGGCCACAAAUGAGGCCAUCGAGGAGCAGGUGGCUCGGGAAUCCUACCUGCAGUGGUUGCGGGAUCAGGAGAAACAGGCUCGCCAGGUCCGCGGCCCCAGCCAGCCCCGGAAAGCCAGUGCCACAUGCAGUUCGGCCACAGCAGCAGCCUCCAGUGGCCUGGAGGAGUGGACUAGCCGGUCCCCACGGCAGCGGAGUUCAGCCUCAUCACCUGAGCAUCCUGAGCUGCAUGCUGAGCUGGGCAUCAAGCCCCCUUCCCCAGGCACUGUCUUAGCUCUUGCCAAACCUCCUUCACCCUGUGCGCCAGGUACAAGCAGUCAGUUCUCGGCAGGGGCCGACCGGGCAACUUCCCCCCUUGUGUCCCUCUACCCUGCUUUGGAGUGCCGGGCCCUCAUUCAGCAGAUGUCCCCCUCUGCCUUUGCAGGUCUGAAUGACUGGGAUGAUGAUGACAUCCUAGCAUCGGUGCUGGCAGUGUCCCAACAGGAAUACCUAGACAGUAUGAAGAAAAACAAAGUGCACAGAGACCCGCCCCCAGAUAAGAGUUGAUGGAGACCCAGGGAUUGGACACCAUCUCUCAACCCUAGCACUCCUGCCCUCUGGUGCCGCCUCAACCUUCUUUGGCUUCUCCCCUCUUGCCUCCUUCUGUUCUUCUGCUCUCCCCUCUUUUCCCUCCUCCUCACUUCCCUCUGGCUAGCCCACCCCUGUGUUCCCUCUCAUUGCUGCUGCCACUAUCACCUGUCUCUCUGCCAGCUGACGUGCCCUGUUGCCCCCCACCCUGCAUAGCACCAUCCCUGCAUUCCACAGGGGACUCGGGCAAGGGUGCCGAAGAUAGACAAGAGGUACACAGAGACAGACCAACUGGCAGCCAGGCAGCCCCAGAGGAGAGAGACAUUCAGACAGGGGAAAGUCUCCCUGCCCCUCAUUCCUUCCAAGAUGAGAAAAACUUGCUGCCCCCCCCCACACUGAUGCCAGGGAUGUGGGAGGAAGAAGUGGGAAAUUUCCCUUUCCAGUACCCCAAGAAUGUCUGAGCCUUUGAUCUUGAAUUUUUUUCUUUAUGAAAAUGUACUUUUAUCUUAUGAAAUUAACUAAUCAAAAAUGAUAUAGAUGACAGCACUGGGUCUGUGAAGGUGGCAUCUUUCUGGCCAGGCAGGUCAUGGGGCAUGGAGGGGGGUGAAAAGAUGUGGGUUGCUGUCUUCUAGCCUCCAGCUGCAUGGAGGCAGGCCCAGGGCCAAGGUUGUGCACUGGGCAGGGCAGCAGGUGUCAGGCCAGCUUGGACAAUGAAACCCUGACCUUGCUGCAUUCCUUUUGCUUCCACCACCACUAGUCUCUUUGGAAUCUUGGGGUGGGGGGGCAUCUUUGGGGAUCAUGGCUGCCACCCGGGAUUUGAGUGUAGCAAGUGUGGGAGCAGCCUUGGCAGAUGGGGCACCCGUGCCCUGCAGGUGUUGACAAGAUCCACCAUCUGUAAUGUCCUUGGCACAAUAAAACCAAAUGUCAGUUUC